AUGCCCCAAGAAACAACCGAAAACGAUUGUCCUCAAGCGAGAGGGAAUGACAAAACCACCAAUGCGGCCAAAUCUUCAGCAAACACAAGUCGCAGAUAUCAUCACGCUCCUCUCAUCGAGUCCUCAUACGGAGAAAUCCGAGCGCUACAGGAUCCUGAUGCUUAUAUCAGGCACCUCUGUACUAAGAUGGUUUCGGAACGUCCUUGGAUCAAGUUUGAGGAGAUAUAUCAUCACCUCAGAUGCAAGCCUAGCCACCAGAUCAUCGCCGACUUUCCAAUGUCCCACCGGUGCUUUUUGAGCUUCAACCGGCUUUUAGAGUACCUCAAGGGCUGCUUCACCACGCACAGUGAUUGGCGAGAAGCCGUCAACAAACAUGGUGAACUCCCUUUCGACCCCGAGCUGUUUACCCGAGGCUUUUUCGCCGCUCGUACGGCUUUGGGUUACGGAACAACGAGAUUCACUCUCCUGGGUGGCCCCAAAGAGAGAGGCUGGGCCGAUGGAAUAGCAAAGUCGAAAUUGGAUUAUUUAAACCACGACCCCAACACCCCACGAGGCCAAGUCCACCCUUUUUGGGCAGGCUUUUACGAGCAUCAGGUUGCCAACUGGGACCACAGAAUAGAGCCGGCAGUCAAAGAAGCCAUGCGAACUUUUGGGAAAGAUCGGAGAGAGCUCAAGCGGAAACGGGAUUAUCCCAAUGACGAAAACUCAUCAAAGCGUCCAAAUAAGAGGGACACAGCCAAGGCUCAGAACGAUUUCGUUGCUGCUGCCAUGAAAAGACUCGUUGUAUCGGACCAGCCCAGAGUCAACCCACCCGCAGAGCAGACAGAACCCGCAACAAGGGAUCAGGAGCCUUUCGAUCAAGCCAGCCCUGCUCCUAUCAUACCCCAGAGUGUACCUGCUGCCAAUUCGGAAAGCGUUCUCGCCACUAGUGACGACACACUUGGCAAAUCUGUCUUUGAUCCCUUGUCCUUUAUGUACACGCCCGAAGAGGACUCGAAGCAUCAUGUAAGGCCUUCCAAGAUCGACUUGCAGGCAGCCAAGGCGGCUCGAGAAGCAACCAAGGCUAAAAGCAGCACGCUUGAUGAAAAGGACGUCUCCGAGACGGUCGGGGUCUACGAUAACGUCAGCAGUGAUGGGAACGUAUUUGAGACUAGUGACGACGAUGACAUCGAGGCCGGCCAGCGGAAGACGCCGUCAAAGAUCAAAGGCGGAUUUGCCGUUCCACAAGCCGCAAGAAAUACAGAUAUUCCUCCGCCUAGGAAGACCGACACUUCCAAGUUACCGGCGGACACGGGCAGCGCUGCGACUGAACCCCCAAAACCAACCAUAAAAUCAGUAGCAGAUUUGCCAACAGAGACCCUCACAAAGUCCUCAGCCAAGCCCACUAAACCCAUGUCGAAAACACCCGGGAAACAUGUUGCGGUUUCACCCACCACUCCUCGCCCCAGCACCAGGCUAGUCAAAAACCCCCGUGGUCAGACCUUUCAGAGGUUCCCUGCCGGGAUGGACGCUCAGGAUGGCGAGGACAGCGACAGCUCGGUGACAGUUGGGUUCCCGACACCCCGUCGGAAGCGGAUGUGA